UGUGAGCGGGGCUGAUGGAAGCUGAUAGGCAGGGCUGGAGUGUUAGCACCAGUCCUGGAUGUGACAGCAGGCAGAGGAGCACUUAGCAGCUUAUUCAGUGUCCGAUUCGGAUUCCGGCAAGGAUCCAAGCAUGGAAUGCUGCCGUCGGGCAACUCCUGGCACACCGUUCCUCUUUCUGGCUUUCCUGCUCCUGAGCUCCAGGACAGCACGCUCUGAGGAGGACCGGGACGGCCUGUGGGAUGCCUGGGGCCCGUGGAGCGAGUGCUCACGCACCUGCGGAGGAGGGGCCUCGUACUCACUGAGACGCUGCCUCAGCAGCAAGAGCUGUGAGGGAAGAAAUAUUCGAUAUAGAACGUGCAGUAAUGUGGACUGCCCACCGGAAGCAGGUGAUUUCCGAGCUCAGCAGUGCUCUGCUCAUAAUGAUGUCAAGCACCACGGCCAGUUCUAUGAGUGGCUUCCUGUGUCUAACGACCCUGACAACCCAUGUUCCCUCAAGUGCCAGGCCAAAGGAACAGCCCUGGUUGUAGAACUAGCACCUAAAGUCUUAGAUGGGACUCGUUGCUACACAGAGUCUUUGGAUAUGUGCAUCAGUGGUUUGUGCCAAAUUGUUGGCUGCGAUCACCAGCUGGGAAGCACCAUCAAGGAAGAUAACUGUGGAGUCUGCAACGGAGAUGGGUCCACCUGCAGGCUGGUCCGAGGGCAGUAUAAAUCCCAGCUCUCCGCAGCUAAACUGGAUGAUACUGUGGUUGCUAUUCCCUACGGAAGUAGACAUAUUCGCCUUGUCUUAAAAGGACCUGAUCACUUGUAUCUGGAAACCAAAACCCUCCAGGGGGCUAAAGGUGAAAACAGUCUCAGCUCUACAGGCAUCUUUCUUGUGGACAAUUCUAGUGUGGACUUCCAGAAAUUUCCAGACAAAGAGAUACUGAGAAUGGCUGGACCACUUACAGCAGAUUUCAUUGUCAAGAUCCGCAACUCGGGGCCUGCUGACAGCACAGUCCAAUUCAUCUUCUAUCAGCCCAUCAUCCACCGAUGGAGGGAGACGGAUUUCUUCCCUUGCUCAGCAACCUGUGGAGGAGGUUACCAGCUGACAUCGGCUGAGUGUUACGAUCUUCGGAGCAAUCGCGUGGUUGCUGACCAAUACUGUCACUAUUACCCUGAGAACAUCAAACCCAAGCCCAAACUUCAGGAGUGCAACUUGGAUCCCUGUCCAGCCAGUGACGGAUACAAGCAGAUCAUGCCUUAUGACCUCUACCAUCCCCUUCCUCGGUGGGAGGCCACCCCGUGGACCGCGUGCUCCUCCUCGUGUGGGGGGGGCAUCCAGAGCCGGGCAGUUUCCUGUGUGGAGGAGGACAUCCAGGGGCAUGUCACCUCAGUGGAAGAGUGGAAAUGCAUGUACACCCCUAAGAUGCCCAUCGUGCAGCCCUGCAACAUUUUUGACUGCCCUAAAUGGCUGGCACAGGAGUGGUCUCCGUGCACAGUGACAUGUGGCCAGGGCCUCCGAUACCGGGUAGUCCUCUGCAUCGACCAUCGAGGAAUGCACACUGGAGGCUGUAGCCCGAAAACCAAGCCCCACAUAAAGGAGGAAUGCGUCAUACCCACUCCCUGCUACAAACCCAAAGAAAAACUUCCGGUAGAGGCCAAGCUGCCAUGGUACAAACAAGCUCAAGAACUAGAAGAAGGAGCCGCUGUGUCGGAAGAACCCUCGUUCGUCCCAGAGGCCUGGUCGGCCUGCUCGGUCACCUGUGGUAUGGGGACCCAGGUGCGAAUAGUCAGGUGCCAGGUGCUCCUGUCUUUCUCCCAAUCCGUGGCUGACCUGCCUGUCGACGAGUGUGAAGGGCCCAGGCCGGCAUCCCAGCGCCCCUGUUACGCAGGACCCUGCCACGGAGAUGUUACGGAGUUGACCCCGGAAGAGAGCACCCUCCUGCGUGCCCUGCAGGAUGUCGACGAGCUCUACGACUGGGAGUACCAGGGCUUCACCACGUGCUCCGAGACGUGUGGAGGAGGUGUCCAGGAGGCUGUGGUGAGCUGCCUGAACAAACAGACGCGGGAGCCCACUGAUGAGGACCUGUGCGUGACCAGCCGGCGGCCCCCCCAGCUCCUGAAGUCCUGCAGUCUGGAUCCCUGCCCAGCAAGGUGGGAGAUUGGCAAGUGGAGUCCGUGCAGUCUCACCUGUGGGGUUGGCCUACAGACCAGAGAUGUCUUCUGCUCCCACCUACUUUCCAGAGAGAUGAAUGAAACAGUCAUCCUGGCUGAUGAGAUGUGUCGCCAGCCCAAGCCCAGCACUGUACAAGCGUGUAACCGCUUCAACUGCCCCCCAGCCUGGUAUCCUGCACAGUGGCAGCCGUGUUCCAGGACUUGUGGAGGGGGCACCCAGAAGCGGGAGGUCCUUUGCAAACAGCGCAUGGCUGAUGGCAGUUUCCUGGAGCUUCCUGAGACCUUCUGUUCAGCCUCCAAACUAGCCUCCCAGCAAGCCUGCAAGAAAGAGGACUGUCCCAGCGAGUGGCUUCUCUCUAACUGGACAGAGUGUUCCACGAGCUGCGGGGAGGGCACCCAGACUCGAAGUGCCAUUUGCCGAAAGGUGCUGAAAACCGGGGUCUCAACUAUUGUCAAUUCCUCCUUGUGCCCUCCCCUGCCGUUCUCCUCGUCUAUCAGGCCCUGUAUGCUGGCCACCUGUGCAAGGCCCGGACGGCCAUCCACAAAGCACAGUCCUCACAUCGCAGCAGCCAGGAAGAUAUACAUCCAGACCCGCAGGCAGAGGAAGCUGCACUUCGUUGUAGGGGGAUUUGCCUACCUGCUCCCCAAGACCACAGUGGUGCUGCGGUGCCCCACGCGGCGCUUUCGCAAGCCCCUCAUCACCUGGGAGAAAGACGGCCAGCACCUCAUCAGCUCUGCCCAUGUCACCAUGGCCCCUUUUGGGUACCUGAUGAUCCACCGCCUCAAGCCUUCUGAUGCAGGCAUCUACACUUGCUCAGUGGGACCUGCCCGGGAGCAGUUUGUGAUUAAGCUCAUUGGAGGCAACCGGAAGCUGGUAACCCGGCCCUUGAGCCCGAGGAGCGAGGAGGAGGCCCUAGCAGUGAGGAAGGCCAGCCCGAAGGAGACCCUGCAGACCCACAAACACCAGAACGGGAUCUUCUCCAACGGCAGCAAGACUGAGAAGCGGAGUCUCCCUGCUGAUGCUGGGAGCCGCUAUGAUGACCUUGUCUCUCGGCUGCUGGAGCAGAGGGAUAGGCCUGGAGAGCCCCUGGCCUCGUGGGAGGUCCAGGACUCCACGGAAAGGAACACGUCCUCAGAGGAGGACCAGAACGCCGAGCAGGCCCUUGUGCCCUUCGCCAUAGUGAUUGAUCAGCAGCGCCUGGACAAUAUCCUCCGGAACCUCUCCCAGCAACCCAAGGAGCUCAGCGACAUCUACAGCAAGCACCUGGUGGCCCAGCUGGCCCAGGAGAUCUUCCGCAGCCACCUAGAGCACCAGGAUGUGCUCCUCAAGCCACCUGAGCGAAGGAUUCCUCCAGUGGCGAUCACUCCUCAUAAUCACGUGUCAGGCUUCAGCAGCUUCCUGCGGACCUCAUCCACCGGGGAGGCAGGGGGCGGCUCUCGCCGGCCACACCGCAAGCCCGUCAUCCUGCGGAAGAUCUCAGCCGCCCAGCAGCUCUCAGCCUCCGAGGUGGUCACCCACCUGGGGCAGACUGUGGCCCUGGCCAGCGGGACACUGAGUGUGCUUCUGCACUGUGAGGCCAUAGGCAACCCAAAGCCUACCAUCAGCUGGGCCAGGAAUGGAGAAGAGGUUCAGUUCAGCAACAGGAUUCUUCUACAGCCAGAUGAUUCCUUACAGAUCCUGUCACCUGUGGAAGCUGAUGUGGGUUUCUACACUUGUAAUGCCACAAACGCCUUGGGAUAUGACUCUGUCUCCAUUGCCGUCACAUUAGCAGGAAAGCCACUAGUGAAGACAUCCCGAGGGACGGUGAUCAACACAGAGGAGCCCGCCAUCACAGUCGAUGUAGGAAGCACCAUCAAAACAGUGGGAGGAGUCAAUGUGACUAUUAACUGCCAAGUUGCAGGUGUGCCUGAAGCUGAAGUAACUUGGUUCAGGAAUAAAAGCAAAUUGGGCUCCCCCUACCAUCUGCACGAGGGCUCCUUGCUGCUCACAGCCGUGUCCUCCUCGGAUCAGGGCCUGUACUCCUGCCGGGCAGCCAAUCUGCAUGGGGAGCUGACCGAGAACACCCAGCUACUGAUCCUAGAUCCCCCCCACGUCCCCACGCAGUUGGAAGACAUCAGGGCCAUGCUUUCAGCCACUGGACCGAACCUUCCUUCGGUGCUGAUGUCUCCUGUGGGAGCACAGCUGGUCCUGGAUCCUGGGAAUUCCGCUCUCCUUGGCUGCCCCGUCAAAGGCCACCCUACCCCUAAUAUCACCUGGUUCCACGAUGGCCAGCCAGUUGCCACUGUCGCAGGACUGACGCAUCACAUUUUGGCAGCCGGACAGAUUCUCCAGGUUGCAAAUCUUAGUGGCGGGUCUCAGAGGGAAUUCAGCUGCCUUGCUCAGAAUGAGGCGGGAAUGCUCGUGCAGAAGGCCUCCUUAGUGAUCCAAGAUUACUGGUGGUCUGUGGACAGACUGGCGACCUGCUCAGCCUCCUGUGGGAACAGGGGGGUCCAGCAGCCCCGCCUGAGGUGUCUCCUGAACAACACGGAGGUCAGCCCCGCUCACUGCGCCGGGAAGGUGCGCCCUGCCGUGCAGCCCAUCGCCUGCAACCGGAGAGACUGUCCUUCCCGCUGGAUGGUGACCUCCUGGUCCGCCUGUACCCGGAGCUGUGGGGGAGGCAUCCAGACCCGCCGGGUGACCUGCCAGAAGCUGAAAGCCUCUGGGAUCUCCACUCCUGUAUCCAAUGACAUGUGCACGCAGCUUGCCAAGCGGCCAGUGGACACCCAGGCCUGUAACCAACAGCUGUGUGUGGAGUGGGCCUUCUCCAGCUGGGGACAGUGCAAUGGGCCUUGCAUCGGGCCCGGCCUCGCUGUGCAGCACAGACAAGUCUUCUGCCAGACGCGAGAUGGCAUCACCUUACCAUCGGAGCAGUGCAGUGCCCUUCCGAGGCCCAUCAGCACCCAGAACUGCUGGUCAGAAGCCUGCAGCGUACACUGGAGGGUCAGCCUGUGGACCCUGUGCACAGCAACCUGCGGCAACUACGGCUUCCAAUCCCGGCGCGUGGAGUGCGUGCACGCCCGCACCAACAAGGCGGUGCCCGAGCACUUGUGCUCCUGGGGGCCCCGGCCCGCCAACUGGCAGCGCUGCAACAUCACCCCAUGUGAAAACACGGAGUGCAGAGACACCACCCGGUACUGUGAGAAGGUCAAACAGCUCAAACUCUGCCAGCUCAGCCAGUUCAAGUCUCGCUGCUGUGGAACUUGUGGCAAAGCGUGACGACGCUGUGCGGGGAAGGACACUACCUGGCCGCACAGAGGACCUGCGCAACCCCCGGGACAGGACUUAAGCUUUCUUCAUUUUAUUUAUUUAUUUCCCCCUCCCCACCACACACCCUCGUCAGCCUCCUCCCCUGCUGCCCCGCCGGCGCACCUUCCCUUUCAGUUGCUAAGAGGACAGAAUGCUGGGCAAGGACGAGGACAGACGUCUAAAGGAGGUGGCAGAGCAGACCAGGCCAGACAGCAGGAGCUCCCUGGCAGGGCCGGCUCCCUCCCAAGCCUGGGUCCCAGAGACACCUCAGAAGACGCCAGCGCAGCCCUCAGGGGACAGACAGCAGGGCACCGGAGCCAACCGCAGAUAACUCACGGCAGGAGGGUAGGUGGCCAGAGGGCUUGUAAAGCAUCCGGACAGAGUUUGAACGAUGCGUCUUUGCCGCCGCCUCUGUCCCUCAGCUUGGGAAGAGCAGGUAGGGGAGGGAGGACACCAUCCAAGCCGAGACCCUAGCCCAGAACUCAGGCGGGGUCACAGAGUGACGAGAAGCAACACGGUAGAGAGAAACACAGUAGAUGUGGAGAGGAGCCAGUCCAAGCAGACCUAAAGCACACGGCGAUGCAGAAAAUGAGGCAGGGAGGGAGGGGACAGAUGGGAGUGAGCAGGCCGCUGCGUGAAGCUCUGAACCCAGGCCUGCAUGCCUGGCAGCACCCCUGCAGGCUCAGGGGAGGCCGAUGGUGCUCCAAUCUCUGCUGCCCCAACAAGGGCACGGCCUGGCCAGGGGCCUCCACUUCCUGGCAGGAGACAUGCCCUCUCCAGGUGGAGAGGAGUUCCCACACCGUCUCAGUGAACCCUCUGCCUGUACAUCCGUGGCCGAGGCAGUGAGCCAGCAGGGUCUGGCUGUGCCAUCAGGCUGCCCCCCACCAUCUCCAUCCAAGUCAAGGGUUCCCAAGCCCAGAACUAACUGCCGCAGGCCAGGGCCAUUUUGAGCAUGAAUAGGCUGGGUUUUCUGCCUAAAUGGCCUCUGCUGUUCCACUUGAGGGCCAGGGACUGGGGUCAACUUGUCAAAAACCAGUCCACUGAUCAACGUGCCAGAGUAUCCAGCACAUGGAGCGACCGCUUCCUUCCAGAGCCAGGCGGGACGCGAGCGGGGCCCCUCCCGGGCACAGUGAGUUCCCCUUAUGUUCAUACAACAGGUGGGGGCGGGGUGAUGGAACAGAGCAGCAAAGCCAAAGGAUAACUUCCCAGACUGCCCAGAAGGCUUUUCAACUCAUUCCCCCCAAAACAAUGAAAUAUUAUAAACUUUACAGAAUUAAUACACAUCACUUUUAGCAGUUCAUGGGCAGCGCAGCAUCCACACUCAGUACCGCCUGUCAGCUUAGCAAAGUCAGUGGGUAAAACUGAAAAUCUGGGACUAUUUGGCAAAUUGCUCAUUCAUCAGAGUGGUUUUGGGCAAAUAAUUUUGGCCGUCUCCCCCCGAGUAGCCACCGUUCAGCAGCAGCUGGGGUGCGGCGGGGCGGCCAGAGUCACUGACCCCUCAGACAAACUGCCCCCUCUCAUAUAGACUCGGAAAAUGUCACUCACCCCACGGGGCCACCACGGACAUCCGGGCUGCAUCUUCCAGCCAGCCUUGGGGUUGCGGGGGUGGGUGGAGACAGUAUGAUCUGUGUUCUCCCCAGAUGAGCUAUGGACAGUUGAGGUGGGUCUCUUUCUUCCUCACCACAAUAAUGGGCUCUAAGAAAAUCAUGUUACUAAAAUUCAGUGUAAGGUUUAUUUAAAAUAAAAGAGAAUGUUUUUAUGUCUGUAUAUCUUUUGUGAAUAUUUAUUAGGAUUUCUUGUAUAAAAAAGUGCAAUAUUAAUAAUUGUACAUUGUCAUCCAGAAAAACACAAUAUUUGGGGGCCUUUUUAUUAACUUCCUGCAGUUGUGUUCCUGUAAACUCAGUGGUGAUUACGGUAUUGUUCCUAUUUUUAAUAGAACCUGGUGUUUAACUCUGGAUCCUUUUACUGUGUACAGAAUAUGUUAUAAAAGCUAACACGGGAUGAUGGGGCAGUAAGAGGGGACGUGUUUAGGACACCACACUUACGCAUGGAAUGCAGAAGACAGAUUCCAAACUACUACUAAUGUGGCUGAUUACUUCUAGUUGAGUAGCUAUUGAAAACCAGUGGCCAUAUUUACAUUUCCUGAAUGUACAUCGGGCUGCAGCAGUUGCAGGUGGGUUUCAGCAAGCUUGGAGGACCUAGGUCUGGGGUGGGAAGCAGCGUGCUCCUUGCAUGAGAUGAAUGUACAUUUACUGUUUGUUCUGUGAAUUGUGACUCGGCAGUGCCGGAAGAUUAUGAGGGCUGCUGAAUAAUGUGGAAGGAGGCACUUCCUCCUCUAAAACACCAAACUGUAUUUAUAUUUUUUUGUACAGAUAAUACAGCUUAUUUAUUUACA